GAGAGAGACCGAGGAAGCCGUCUCUGGUUAUUUGGCCCAGUGGUGGCAGCGGAAAUGACAGCGUGUUUCCGUGUGCCUUGAACUUCGAUAACCUGUCAGGUGGCACUCCGAACAGAAUUACAGUUUCUGACGACGAUGACAGGUACCCUCCCGAGAGUGGCAGCCACUACUCUUAUUCUCCCCAUGAGGUGAAAGAGUGGUCUCGAUACAAACGGCCCUUUGCCCCAUGCUGCAUGACCGUCAUGAGGGAGGGCAGUUGCGGCCUCGUCAUCAUGGCCCUCGGCUUCAUCGUCUUCUUCAUCGCUGCCAUCGUCAUCUGUACGAGCGAGACGCUGUCAAUGCCAACGCCAGAAGAACAGGUGAUGGAAGCAGCCAAGUUGGCAGUAUUGCCAGAUUUUCAUGCGCAAGUGAACGUACCGCUGCCUCAGAGAAUCAGUUUCUUAAUGGGAAAUGAUACUGAUACAACAGUCGAGCCACAAGCAACCACGGCGACCACCUUACACCCAAGCACCACCGCCGUGCCACAAGGAAACAUCACCGCUAUGCCGCCAGCGAACACCACUGCUAUGCCAUCAACAGACGCCACUGCUAUGCCACCAACAGACGCCACUGCUAUGACCACUGCUAUGUAA